AUGGGCAAUGAACAGUCGGGGCCACUAGUGCGCAAUGCAGACAAGCGGACCUCGCGGCGGGAGCACCGUGCCAUUUUCGAGGCAGCAGCACAGCGUUUCCGACAGGCGCCUUUCCAAGCACCACCACGCUGCGGUGGAUCUGAAGUAGCCCGCGGCAUCCGCGUUUGCGUCCGGAAGAGGCCGAUCUUCUCACACGAGAUAGAACAAGGUGAGUUUGAUGCCAUCACCUGCCUAGAUCCUGGACGUGUCGUCGUGCAUGACGCACGAAUGCAUCCGGACAUGGUCAAGCUGUACAUGAAUCACCAUGACUUCGAUUAUGAUGAAGCUUUUGACGAGGCCGCGGAUAAUCGAACGGUGUACGAAGGCACCGCCAAGGCCAUCGUUGAGGCGGCAUUGGAGGGCCAGAACGGCACGGUCAUGAUGUACGGGCAGACAGGCAGUGGAAAGACAUACACCAUGCGUUCAAUUUACCAGCAGGCUGCAGAGGAUAUCUUCGCAGGGGCAGCCGGGCGUACCGUCACCGUCAGCUUCAUCGAACUCUUUGGCGACAGCUGCUUCGACAUGCUGCAUCAGGGUGCGGGCUGCCAGCUGACAACAGCACAAGACGGUUCUGUGUAUCCGCAUCCUUGCGUCGAAGUGGAGGUGGUGACCUCGGCAGAACUCCUUGCACUGAUCGAACUCGCAGGUAAGCUCCGGGCCACGGCGGCCACCGGAGUCCAUGACCAGUCCUCCAGAUCUCAUGCGCUUUGCCGCAUUUUCGUGGAAUGUGGAGAAGGUGCCGAGGGCUCCGUGACUUUGGUGGACCUGGCAGGCUCGGAACAUCGAAUCGACAACGCAGAGCACAACGCAGAACGGAGGAAGGAGGGGGCAAAGAUCAAUGCUUCCUUGGCCGCGCUGAAGGAGUGCAUCAGAGCCAGGGCGUCAAAUUCGAAGUUCAUCGCCUUCCGGCAAAAUCGGCUCACACAGCUCCUCAGGGGCUGCUUCCUCCCAGGAGGCCACCACGAAACAGUGGUGAUUGCCACUGUGUCUCCGAGCAGCAAGGACACAGAGCACUCGCUGAACACCCUCCGGCAUGCAUGCAUCAUGGACGGACAGGGACAGGGCAAGAGCGACAAGGGCUCACACCUCGGCGGUGGAGCGGUCACCAAGGAGCUGCAACGGACUAGGCCCAGCAGUACCGUGCGCACUCUACAAGCUCCAAACUCUUUCGGGCCAUACUGGUAG